ACAAAAAUAUCGAAAGGUUUGCCAAACUGAAAAUUACCUGAUAAUCGUUGGUGUGAUUUCCACUUCCCGCCCUACGCCCCACGUCGCCCUCUCGGAUGUUAUAUGCGAUGUGAAGAAGAGGAUGUUGCGAUGUUGUGAAUGGCAUUGGGAGAUCAUGAGUGAUGAAGUUAGAAGUUCGCGUUGGGCUCUCGGAUGGAUGCCAACGAGCCGGAGACAGGCAGAGAGAGAUUGUUCCAGUGAUCCAGAGCGACAGCAAUUCGUGUGCAGGUGUCUGCGGCGCUGAGCAAACAAUCCGUAAGGACUUUCUGGAUAUGCUGCGCGAACGACACGACAUCGAACGCCACACCAGGUGGUACGACAUCAAGAAGAAGUUUGAGUCGGACCCCCGUUACCGGAUGGUGGACUCCAUGUACCGGGAGGAGUACUUCGAGGACUACCUGCACAUCAUGAAGGAGGAGAAGCGAAAGGAGCGGGAGCUGCGAGAACAAAGAGAACGAGAGCGACACCGAGAACGCAAAUCGGACCGGAAAGACAGGGACAAGGACAAAGAAAAGAAAGGACAGAAUCGGAAGGAUCGAGGACGCAGUCGCUAGGACAAGGACCGCGAGCCUCAAUCGUCCAAGGAAAAGGAGAAAGUGAAGGAGGAAAAGAGCAAGUCGGAGAAGAGCAAGAAACGCGAUACUCCGGAGGAGGGUGAGCAUCGCGAAGAAUCCGAUAGGGAAGGGCGAGCCGGCAGCGACGACAGCGAGGUGGCUCGCCAACGGGAGACCGAGGCUGAGCAGAAGCAAAAAGAGCGUGAAAAGAAGCUGAGGGCAGAACAGAGCAUUCGGGAGCGGGAGAAGGAGGUGCAGCGGACCCUGGCCGGGCAUCUGAGGGAUCGGGACAAGGAACGCGAGCAUCACAUGCGCGAAGAGUGCAUUGGCCACUUCACGGCUCUGCUGACAGAUCUGGUGCGGACGCCGGAUUUCACAUGGAAGGAGGUAAAGCGCCAGUUGCGGAAGACAUCGCUGGAACUGAUCGAGACACUCGAUCGAGAAGAUCGCGAGCGAAAAUUCAACGAGCACAUUGACAAUCUGAUGAAGAAAAAGCGGGAGCGAUUCCGCGAAAUGCUGGACGAGAUUGGCACUCUGCAGCUCACUAGCACUUGGAAGGAGAUUAAGAAACUGAUCAAAGAGGAUCCGCGAUACUUGAAAUACAAUUCGGACAAGGGAGAGCGCGAGUUCCGGGACUACAUCAAGGAUAAAACCAUGACCGCGAAAACCGCUCUUCGGGAACUGUUGCAGGAGUGCAAAUUCAUCACCCAGAGCAGCGAUCUCAUCAAGGAAAAUCCCAAUCACCUCAAGGAAAUCCAGGACAUACUGAAGAACGACAAAAGGUAUCUGGUGCUGGACCACAUGGAGGAGGAGAGAAACACUAUUGUCCUCGGCUUCCUAGAGGAACUUAACAAACGCGGCCCUCCGCCACCACCCACAGCUUCUGAGUCAACGCGCCGCAACAAGUAGUGGCAUUAUAACAUAACUAUUCAAUUUAAUCAUAACAAUUAAAUUAUUAUACUAAGCCGAAGUUGUUUAACUUCCAAUAUUUUAAUUGAAUAAAAUACACACAUUAAUGCAAUUUAAACCAAUAAAA